CAGGUGCGUUGUUGUAUUGGGUGGAAGCAUCUUGAUUUUGACGUUGGCCAACACAGUCCUUUCGUCAAGCAUAUGCGGCGGAGCAUUGUCAACGAGAAGCAAGACUUUCCUGUCUUGUUCGACCAUCUUCUCGUUCAUCGCCGUCAAAACGUCGUUGAAGAUGCGUCCGUUUUUAUCCACGCUUUCUUGCUGGCAUGAUAGUCGAUGCCCAGCUCAAUUCCGGUACGUCGGUUAAAACAUCUUGGCUGUACUGCUGUCCCAAUGAAUAGGGGGUCAACGACAUUCGAGCCGUCCGCGUUCGUCGUGAGAGCCAGUGUGAUCCGCUUGGAAGACUUCUUUGUCCCGGGGACCCGAUUUCGCGUGAUGGAGCGCUGCCUGGAUAUCCCGUCGGCCAUUCUCGAUGGCAGCAAGGGACGUCGAAGCAGCUUCGCCGUGCUGGUUCUUGCUGGUAAACCCGUGCUUUUGUUGAAACUUGUAUAACCAUCCUUUGGAAAAGGUAAGGCGCCUCGAGGCAGGUAUGUCAAGUUCGUCGCAAAGCGCCGUCGCUUGCUUGCGUAUGAGCUCACCAGUUAGGCACACGCCAAGUUCCUCGCACCGUAGGACCCACUGGACAAGCCUUGUUUCCACAACGGGCAGCGACACCUUGCGGUCAAUCGACCGGGCCUUGAUGUCGGCGCGUUGACUUUGAGUUUGAUGGUGGGUGAUGGCGCGUCCAACCGUUUGUUUCGACGGUGUAGAGUUUAAAUUGAAUGUAUCUUUUGUCCAUACUGCGAGUUCAGAAUACGUUGCACUUGGCUGCUGUAAAUGCUUCACGUAUAAGGCGUGUUUGUCUUCCAACAACAUACGAAGCUUCAUCUUGAAUUGGCAAUAAGCUUUUCAAGCAAAAUGCAUGCAUUUGAAUAUUUGAAAACCCUUCGACAUUUAAUAAUAUUCGUUUCUACAUUUUAUUGAAAUUAGCCCGUUCCAAAGUUGGGGGGAGAUCAGUAGUAGAAUCGAAUACCGUAGGAGUAUACUACACCAUUUUGCGUUUAAUUCCA